AGAGAGAAAAUGAUUCCUCUGCUCUCACCUCCAUUUUCGUUUUCGACAAUCUUUGCUUCAGCAAAGAGUUUAAAUCCCGCGGUUUUUUGCUACUCCAGAACUCAAAAUCCAACGGAUACCUCUCGAAAUUCCAGAGUUCAAGCUCAAGAUAAAGCUUCUUGUUCUCUUGUAUCCAACCUAAUCUCUUUAGCCGCAGUUGUUGCGACUCUAAAUUCAGCUCUACCCUCCCAUGCAAUUCUCUCACUCAACUCUCAGACACCUCCCCUUUCUCCUACCACUCCAUUCUCACAAUCUAAGAAGUUAGAGACUGGAUUAGAAGCUGAUGGGAAAAUUAGACCAUGUCCCUCCACAAAUCCGGGUUGCAUUUCUACAAACCCAAAGUCAUCAUCCUUUGCUUUUCCGUGGGUGAUUCCAGAUAAUUCUUUGGAUAAUGCGGUUCAGAAGUUACAGGAAGCCAUCAUCAAUACUCAGAAGAAUGCAAAGAUUCUGGUCAUCAAAGAUACCCCAUAUGGCCAAUAUCUACAAGCAGAGGUUGACGGGGGUUUCAGCCCAGACGUGCUGGAGUUCUUGGUCAAAGGAGACACAGUUGCCUAUAGAUCAGUGGCCGCUAAGGUUAUCUACAUUUACCCAUUCACCACAGCUUUAGGAGACUCUAAAGGGCAGGAAGAGAGAAUGCAGAAGAUCCUUGACCAGUUGGGUUGGUAUGCUCCAAGUUUUAACACCAUGGAUUGAAAAUGAUAUUUAUCUGAAACUUAAAAGAGAAUACCUUUCAGAAUUCAAUUGUCCCUCCCCAUCUUCAUGAUUGCUCUAUAUAUUUUCAACAUACAGAGAUCCAGAUACAGUUGUAUGCACUCUGCUUUCACAAUUCCGAAUCAGAAUCUGAAAACUAUGGAAUUCUAGGAGGUUGUGGACCUGGGUUCACAAUGUAGCCAUAUGAGAUUCAAACUAUAUCUAAUGCAGAAAAUUCUUUAAUGGAGAUUGAUGGACAUACUUCCGUUAAGUUCCAAA